CGACAUGGGCGUCACUCCUCUCCUACACACCCGAGGGCCAAGUUGUGUGCCUUAGACGGGUCUGGCAAGCAUCAAGACAGCGCCAUCAGAGCUAAGAUUAACACGGUAACUAUGAAUUCCUUACUGCUCCUGGCGGUGGUGGUGGUGGCUGGUCAGCCCAUGACUGAGGAGCCUGCCUUGGAGGAGCUUCGCUCUGCAGUCAUCGUCUCCCAAUUAUCGUUAUCCCACCAAACAGCAGUGUUGAGCGAACUCUUAAAUGUCACACGAGAACGCAACUCCUUCCCUCAAGGUCCGACCUGCCCUUACCCAUACACUUUGGUUCUCGACGAAUGCUUCUACUUGAGUCCACACUCAGUCACGUGGGAGGCGGCUCGUAGGCACUGCCGAGGAAUGAUGGGCGACUUGGCCACACCCAAACACCUCUACGCCAUCAGGUCAUUCCUACUGGAUGUGGCAAAAGUUGAAGGUUAGUAGUUGGCAGUGGUGUACUCACC